AUGCACCUUGCAGCAUUUACCCUACUUCUCGCGGCGGUUGCCGUAGCAGAUCCCUCAUCCGUCGUAACGCUCAGGAAAACUCGUCCUUCAGAGGAACCUUCUUUGCCAGACAGAUGCAAUCCGGAUCCAUGCAAAGGCAUCACAUUCCAAAACGAAACCGCCGUCUGUGGUGAUCCUCGCCUGGGCCCAAUCAAGCUUCCGAAAUAUUUCCCUCUCUCCACAGAGCUCCAGACCUAUGCGCGGUUCGGGGAUCUCUGCCCCUAUGAAUUUCUAGCCAAGUGGUCGACCUCCGUCUCCGAUCCGGACGCCUCCUAUAUCUAUCCCUAUGACAAUGGCUUCGCUAAUGACACUGCCGAGGUACCAAUCUAUGGCAAUGUUACCCUUGUCGUCGGGCAGAGGCUGGACCGAUUUGGGUCGGAACGAGGGAACUUCUUAUCCCCCCUGGGAGCACCUUAUAUUGAGCGGGCCCUCCCCCCCUGGAACCUUUUUGCGCCGGAGAAUAGCAGUUUCCCCUACAACUAUCAUGUGUACGAGGUGAUCCAGGAGUUUGAUGUGUUGCUUGGUCCCAUCACACCUUGGUUUCAGCAGCCUGGGUAUGGCACGCAGUUCAUGGUGAAGACAAACGUGUCCGAUCUGGUGGACAAUGAGUUUUUGAGAGCGUUAGAGUUAAAGGAGUAUGACGAUGCGGAAGACUUUGCGGCGAAUUACUUGCCUCCGCCGCCGCAUCCUUCUAGCUGA